UGAGUCGCGCUGUGGACAAGAGGAGAUCAUUCAGGAUGCCAGAGCCAGUCAAAAAAGCAGAUGGUAACACAAGAGCUCCAGUUGCCCCUGCUGAUGGGCCGGGGGAGUCCAGUGCAGAACCAGAGCAGGCCCCAGCUCCACCUGCAGCAGCACCCACAGAGGACCAAACUACUGCCCCAGCUCAAGAUGCUCCUCCAGCUGAGGACCCCCAGCCUCCAGAUACAAGACAGGACCUGACUGGACUCUUUACAGAAAAACCACAGAGUGGAGAGGUCACUGUAGGUGAAAACAUCACGUUUGUGGCUAAAGUGAAUGCUGAAUCAUUGCUGAAGAAACCAACCAUUAAAUGGUUCAAAGGGAAGUGGAUGGACCUCGCCAGCAAGUCUGGAAAACACCUGCAGCUAAAGGAAACAUAUGACCGCAACACGAAGGUCUACACGUUUGAGAUGCACGUUAUCGGAGCUAAGGCCAACUUUGCUGGAGCUUACAGAUGUGAGGUCACAUCCAGGGACAAGUUUGACAGCUGUAAUUUUGACUUGACUGUACAUGAGGCUUCUGCUGCUGAAGGUUUGGAUAUAAGAGCAGCUUUUAGGCGCACUAGUACAGAUGGAAAGGAAGAUUCAGGAGAGCUGGACUUCAGUACCUUAUUAAAAAAGAGAGAUGCUGUGCAGGUGAGUUCAGAGCCUGACCUGGACGUGUGGGAGAUUCUUAAAAAUGCUCCAUCUUCAGAAUAUCAGAAGCUUGCUUUCCAGUAUGGCAUUACUGACCUGAGAGGCAUGCUGAAGAGACUGAAGAAGAUGAAGAAAGAAGAGAAGAAAAGUGCAGCUUUCCACAAAAAGUUGGAUCCUGCUUAUCAAGUGACUAAGGGACAUAAAAUAAAACUGGCCGUUGAGGUCGCCAAUCCAGAUGUUGAGGUGAAAUGGCUGAAGAACGGAAAAGAAAUUCAACCAACUGGAAGCAAGUUCAUCUUUGAGAGUGUUGGCAACAUGCGCUACCUCACCAUAAACCACUGCUCCUUGGCUGACGAUGCAGCAUAUUGCUGUGUGGUGGGAGAGGAAAAAUGCACCACUGAGCUUUUUGUUAAAGAGCCUCCGGUCCUGAUUGUAAAUAAUCUGGAGGAUCAGAUGGUCAUGAAGGGUGAGCGGGUGGAGUUAGAGUGUGAAGUCUCAGAGGAAGGAGCCAAUGUUAAAUGGGAGAAAGACGGUGUGGAAUUGACAAGAGAUGAGUCUUUCAAGUAUCGCUUCAAGAAGGACGGGUGCAAACAUUUCCUGAUCAUCAAUGAGGCCACGAAGGAAGACUGCGGACACUACAAGGUUAAAACAAAUGGCGGCGAGUCCAUGGCUGAACUCCUGGUGCAGGAGAAAGAACUGGAGGUAUACCAGAGCAUUGCAGACCUUACUGUGAAGGCAAAGGAUCAGGCGGUGUUUAAGUGCGAGGUGUCAGAUGAGAGCGUGAGGGGAACCUGGUACAAGAAUGGUGUAGAAGUCAAGUCUGAUGCCAGAAUAAAUAUCACACAUAUUGGCAGGAUCCACAAGCUGACCAUCGAUGACGUCAAACCAGAGGAUGAGGGAGACUACACUUUUGUGCCAGUUGGCCAUGCGUUCAACCUUUCUGCCAAACUCAACUUCUUGGAGGUGAAGAUCGAUUACGUGCCACGUCAAGAUCCUCCUAAGAUCCACCUGGACUGUAUGGGUCGCACUGCCGACUCAACCAUUGUGGUGGUGGCCGGCAACAAACUGCGCCUGGAUGUUCCUAUUACUGGAGACCCUGCUCCCACAGUGGUCUGGACCAAAGGAGAAAAGGCUAGUUCUGUAAAACAUGAUGGAGAAGGGAGGAAGGGAGGACCAACAUCCUCUUGGACCCUGAAGGAUGGGGAUAUGGUCACCGAGGGAGAUGGUAGGGUCCAUGUCGAAACCACCAAAGGACACUGCAUCUUCACCAUCGAGGGGGCCGAGAGGCAGGAUGAGGGAAUCUACUCUGUUGUUGUUCGAAACCCCGCUGGGGAGGACACUGCAGAUAUUAACGUAAAAGUUGUCGAUGUUCCAGAUCCUCCCCAAGCUCUCAAAAUCCUCAGCGUGGGAGAGGACUCCUGUGUUGUCCAGUGGGAUCCCCCUCUGUUUGAUGGUGGACAGCCAGUUAUUGGCUAUGUGCUGGAGAGAAAGAAGAUAAAGAGCUACAGGUGGAUGAGACUGAACUUUGACCCUUAUCCUGAAACAACUUAUGAAGCCAAGCGGAUGAUUGAAGGAGUGGCGUAUGAGAUGCGAGUGUAUGCUGUCAAUAGCAUUGGCAUGUCUCGUCACAGUCCAGCCUCACAGCCUUUUGUGCCAGUCGCCCCUACAAGUGAGCCCAUCGGACUGUGCGUCGACGACAUCACUGACACUUCCAUCUCGCUGAAGUGGCGGCGGCCUGAGAGGAUCGGCUCGACUGAACUCGAGGGUUAUGGGAUUGAGUACUGCAAGGAGGGCACAGAUGAAUGGAUACCAGCCAUUCAAGGUCUGACUGAGAGGACAUCGCUGGUCAUCAAGGAUCUCACAACCGGAGACAAGCUGCAGUUCCGUGUGCGAGCCUACAACAUGGCAGGACCCAGUACUCCUGCGACUCUGGCUCAGCCCGUCACCAUCAGAGAGAUAAUGCAACGCCCUAAAAUUUGGCUCCCGAGAAAUCUCCGCCAGACUCUCAUCAGGAAAGUUGGAGACACUGUCAACCUUGUCAUUCCAUUCCAGGGUAAGCCCAAGCCAAUGGUCACAUGGAGCAAAGACGGGGAGCCUCUAGACCCCUCAUUUGCUAAUGUGAGGAACAGCGACGUGGAUACGAUCCUCUUCAUCCGCAAGACGGACAGAAAACACUCUGGGAAGUAUGAUCUCCACGUGCAGAUUGAGAAUGUAGAAGACACAGCAAGUAUCAUGCUGCAGGUUGUUGAUCUCCCAGGGCCUCCUGAGGCACUGAAGAUCGUGGAUGUCUGGGGCUUCAAUGUGGCACUUGAAUGGAAGCCACCCAAGGACAAGGGUAACUGUGAAAUCACUGGCUACAAUGUUCAGAAAGCUGACAAGAAGACCAUGGAGUGGUUUACAGUCUACGAUCAGUACAGGCGAAGCAACUGUGUUGUGUCUGACCUCAUCAUGGGGAAUGAGUAUGUCUUUCGAGUCUUUGCCAUAAACCUGGUGGGUCUCAGCCCAGAGCCCUGCAUCACAAAAGACAGCGCUUACAUCCAGAAAACAGGAAUGGAGUACAAGCCGCCUACCCACAAGAACCAUGACUUCACAGAGGCUCCCAAGUUCACGCAUCCUUUGGUGAACCGUUCUGUAAUAGCAGGAUACAACGCCACCCUCAGCUGCUCAGUCAGAGGCAUACCAAAGCCCAAAGUGACUUGGUACAAAAACAAGAUGGACAUCACAAAUGAAGCCAAGUACCGGAUGCUCAGUAAGCAAGGUGUUCUGACGCUGGAGAUCCGUAAGCCCUGUCUGUUCGAUGGGGGAGUGUAUAUGUGCAAAGCAGUCAAUGACAUCGGAGAAGACAUAGUCGAGUGUAAACUGGAGGUUCGCCCUCAAAUUGCUAAAGAAGAAAAGAAGUAAGACGUCUGAGCUGCUGACAGAAGAGAAGAUCGACGCCUGCAUGUUGACUUUUUUGUCAUGAGAAACUCUCCACCUACAUCACAAACUGUGUUUUGCCCACAUCUUUUUCUUUUUUUGGGUUUUGCACCACUUUCCUCUUCUGUAAUCAUCCUUGUAACCAUCUUGCUAUCCUCCCUGUUAUGUUAGUACCAUGUGUACCGCUGAAUUGAACUGACUGGGACUCAUUGCUUGAAUUUGCGGUUUAUUAGUUGGGAAGUAUUGGUAUUUAUGUAUUAUUUAAAAAGUAAUGGUUUGUCACUUUCUACACUCACUUCCAGGAGUAGACAUAAAUGGAUCAUGGUGUCCAGUAAAUAUGGAUAAUAGUCAAAGAAAGUUGCAAUAUUUAUGAAAUGACUUUAUGAUCUGUCAUUUUGUUUCUCACUUAUUUCAGCUGGGGGAAAGGAAUGGAUUAGAGUGUUUGGAUUUGUUUGUGUGCUUACAAAGGUCAAUAUAAAUGCUUCAAAAAUA